GAGGUCGUGGUAUGGCACGACCUGGCCCUGUCCGUGGACGUGGCCGUGGCCGAGGUGGGUCUUUUAAUGGUGGAAGAAUGGCAGGAGUUCGUAAAGGUCCUCUUUCAGUGAAUGCCCGGCCAUCACAGUUCUCAAUUGCAAAGGCAAGCUAAAAACUGCGAUGCUUAAGAAAUCCACCUUCUUUUGAAAUUCAACUUCAAGAGGAUAACUAAAUUUGAUAUAGCAAGUCUUAUCCAGCUGCUCAAACAGCAAUUCAAAUAACAGUGGAUCUCUGUGAUUUAGAAACUCAAAUUACAGUGGAUCUUAAAUGCAAUUUGUUUUUCGUUCAUGGAUUUGACAUCAGCCUUUUUAAAAAAAAUUGAUGGCCAUUGCAUAUUUGCUAUUAUCCUUCAGAAUUUCUCAUACUUGUUGGUUAUGUGGGCUCUAUAUUGGGGUUUGCUACAGAUUGAUAUCAUAAAGUAAUUAGCUUUUUUGAGGUCCAUAUCGAGCUAGCUAUGCUGAUUAUUAGCAUAAUAUACCGUGGGGCUUUAGGAGUUGAGUUCUCUGGAAUGGAGUUGACACCUGUAAUAGUAUCAGGAUUCAGAACAUAAAUAGAUCCCCAUAUAAUCACUGUUAUAUAUUAAUAGUGUUUGAUGUGCUGCUUAUUUAGACGGGAAGUCUGUGAAGGAUCCUCUUGCUAUGUGGAAUUUCUACAAUCCUGCUCGCAGAAUCAGGAACUUGCCUUGGCAACAUGAUUUGCUUGAAGAUAGCAUUAGAGCUGCAGGGAUUACUGGAGUAGAAGUUGGUACCAAGUUGUAUGUUUCAAACUUGGACCCUGGAGUCUCCAAUGAAGAUAUAAGGGAGCUUUUUGCUGAGAUUGGGGAUCUGAAGCGAUAUGCUGUUCACUAUGACAAAAAUGGUCGCCCUGGGGGAUCUGCUGAAGUAGUUUAUACAAGAAGAAGUGACGCAUUUGCUGCGCUUAAAAAGUAUAACAAUGUACUUUUAGAUGGGAAGCCCAUGAAAAUUGAGAUUGUGGGUGUCAGUGGAGACACUCCCUUCUCAGCUCGAGUUAAUGUAACUGGAAUAAAUGGAAGGAGGAAGCGGACUGUUGUCAUGACGCCUGGACUAGGUCGUGGAAGAGGCUCUGCUCCAACUAAUCGUGGUGCUGGCAGUCGUGGGGGUCUGAGAAAUGGUGGUCGGGGUCGUGGCCAACUUCGUGGUGGUCGUGGCCAAGGUCGUCUUGGUCGUGGAAAGAAGCCACCUGCUGAUAAAUCGGUUGAUGAGCUUGACAAAGAGUUGGAUAACUAUCACGCUGAAGCUAUGCAGACUUAAAGAUGAUUCCCAAAGCUUGGAACUUUAAAUCUUAGUAUCAGUCUAUAUUAGUAUGUUUAGACGGUGUUAGCUUCUUGUGUGGUUUCAACUUGAGAUUUUCUAGCUUUAUUGUAAAUGAAAAUGGCUUCUGGAUUGUGGUUCUUUUCAAUAUUAUGAAUUUUACUUAUUUUUGUUCA